CCUACGCCAUACAAACGCCCUGAUGAUGCAAUGUUCGGCUGGCACGUACUCAAAGUGUUCAGCCAUUGCAUCAGUGAACAACUCGUGAUAGUCACCCCACUAGGCUAUCUUGCACGGACUGCAAACAUUUCCUGAGUGAUAACGGUGGCGAGUCAACUGAAGUCAACUGUCGCAUAGUAUGACGCAGUAGCGGGUAUAUAAAGCGGUAACCCACAGUCCCCAACCCCCGGCGUACGUUCGCUCUCUUCACUUGAUUCUUCUUGGACCGAUAGGGUACCACACAUUCAAAAGUCGAACUUUUCUGGGCCUGGAUUUUUAAGCUCUUAACAGCGACCAUCACGAGAUUCAAUCGACUUCGAAAAAAUUUCCAAAGAGGUAACAAAAAAACCCGCAAACAUGACGGCACACAAGUCGAAGGCGCACAAGCGUAGCUGGAAGGCCGCGGGCCACGUCGACAGAACGUAUCGCGUGAAGCGAGAUCGGAACAACGACGCGGUGAAGAGGAGCCGUGCGAAGGCCCAGCAGAAGCAGCAGGCGACGUUAGAACGGGUGCAGCAGCUGCGGGAAGAGAAUCGGAGCCUCGAGGAUCGAGUGCGGCUGCUCGCGAAGGAACUCAGCGUGCUGAAGGAGAUCCUCGUGCGAGGCGUGACGGGGAACAUGAGCGAGGUGGUCGUGCAUCUCGACGACGGCGACGUCGUCGACGACGAUGACGACGACAAAGCACACGCCGGCUUCUGCAACGACCACAUGUAUAUGACUUUACCCGGCAAGGAACUGUGAGUUAAUGCGUGAGAGCGUGGUCACAGAGACGACACCAGCACACAUGUACAUGUACGUAUAGACACAUGUACAUGUAUGUGUAGACAGAUGUACAUGUACGUGUAGAUACAUGUUCAUGAUGUUAGCCAGCAAGGAACUGUGAGUUAACAUGUGAGGACGUGGUCAGAGAGACGACACCACCACACAUGUACAUGUACGUGUAGUGUGUAGACACAUGUACAUGUACAUGUAGACACAU